AUGUCCGCUGAAGCAGAGAACGUUCAAGUUGCUGAGGAAGCUCCAAUCGUUGAAGUUCCAGAGGAGUCUGCUGAGGAGAGCCGUGACUCAGUCGUUUCGAAUGAAGCUGAAGACAAGUCUGUCUCUGGUUCUGAGGAGAAGAGCCCUGAAUCAGAUGGAGCCGAUGAAGAAGCUGCCCAAAGAUAUGAAGUAGAAGCAGCUGAACAAAACGGAGCUAACGCUGGUACCGGUAACACCGAGCAGGGUGAUGAGGACGCUGAUGAAGGUGAUGAGGAGAAGGCAUCAUUGAACGGCGAGACUGAAGUCGAAGAAGCUUUCGCCGAAAUCAAAGAUAGCAAUGGAAAUGAUCGCAAGCGUGUUUCCGAUGCCCAUGAGGCCGUUGAUGGAGACGAUGAGUCGCCAGUCUGCAAGAAGAAGAAGACUGAUGAUGAUGAGGUUGAGACUGUCGACCAAGCUGAAGCUGUCAUCGCCGCCGAAUAA